AAAACAUGGAUGAUGAACCGGAAAGAACUAAGCGGUGGGAAGGAGGCUAUGAGAGAACAUGGGAAAUUCUUAAAGAAGAUGAAACCGGAUCACUUAAAGCUACAAUAGAAGAUAUUCUUUUCAAGGCAAAGAGGAAAAGAGUGUUUGAGCACCAUGGACAAGUUCGACUUGGAAUGAUGCGCCACCUUUAUGUCGUGGUGGAUGGCUCGAGAACAAUGGAGGAUCAAGAUUUAAAGCCCAACAGACUGACGUGCACUCUAAAGUUGUUGGAAUACUUUGUAGAAGAAUAUUUUGAUCAAAAUCCUAUCAGUCAGAUUGGAAUAAUUGUAACUAAGAGUAAAAGAGCUGAAAAACUGACUGAACUCUCAGGAAACCCAAGGAAACACAUAACAUCUUUGAAGAAAGCUGUAGAUAUGGCCUGUAAUGGAGAACCAUCUCUCUAUAAUUCCUUAUGCAUGGCUAUGCAAACCCUAAAACACAUGCCAGGACAUACAAGUAGAGAAGUACUAGUCAUCUUCAGCAGCCUUACGACUUGUGACCCGUCUAAUAUUUAUGAUCUCAUCAAGACCCUGAAGACAGCUAAAAUUAGAGUGUCUGUCAUUGGAUUGUCUGCAGAGGUUCGAGUUUGUACUGUACUUGCUCGUGAAACUGGUGGCACGUACCACGUUAUCUUAGAUGAAACCCACUACAAAGAGUUGUUAGCACAUCACGUGAGCCCUCCUCCUGCCAGCUCAAGCUCUGAGUGCUCACUCAUUCGAAUGGGAUUCCCUCAGCAUACCAUUGCUUCUUUGUCUGAUCAGGAUGCAAAACCAUCCUUCAGCAUGGCGCAUUUGGAUAAUAGCACUGAGCCAGGGCUUACAUUGGGAGGCUAUUUCUGCCCACAGUGUCGAGCAAAGUACUGUGAGCUUCCUGUUGAAUGUAAAAUAUGUGGCCUUACUUUGGUGUCUGCACCUCAUUUGGCACGAUCUUACCAUCAUUUAUUUCCUUUGGAUGCUUUUCAAGAAAUUCCCUUAGAAGAAUAUAAAGGAGAAAGAUUUUGCUAUGGAUGUCAGGGAGAAUUGAAAGACCAACAUGUCUAUGUCUGCACAGUGUGCCAAAAUGUUUUCUGUGUGGACUGUGAUGUUUUUGUUCAUGACUCUCUCCACUGUUGUCCUGGCUGUAUUCAUAAGAUCCCAACCCCUUCAGGUAUUUGAUUUUAACAUGUAGCACAUACACAUUGAGUGGGUUAAAAAACAACCAAAAAACUUGUAACUAUAAAUAAAACGAUUCUUUGAGUAAACUGAUUCUCUAAUUAAAACAUGAAAACAUGAAUAAUCUAAUUAAGAAACUUCUAUGAAAGUAUAGUAUUUUUGUUUGUAUUUUAUCAUAGGAAUGCAUUUUUGUUUGUAUUCUAUUAUAG